AUAUUCUAAAAAUAAUUACAACCUUUCGUCUAAAUGUAGAGGGCGUACUCAUAUUAACAUGGAUGCAAUUUUUCAUGAAAGGCAAGAGGGAUCAUUAUGCGCACAACACUGCUUGAAUUCCCUCUUACAAGGGCCGUAUUUCAGUGCCGUGGAUCUUGCCGAUAUCGGCCGGGAGCUGGAUGAAGCUGAGAGGGCAACCAUGGCAGAGGGUGACGUCAACUCUCCAGAGUAUCUCCGCUUUCUGCAGCAACCCUCCAGCAAUAUGGAUGACAGUGGCUACUUCUCAGUUCAGGUCAUAGGUCGAGCACUCAAAGUCUGGGGUUUGGAGCUUGUCCCAUUUGGCAGCACAGAGGCUGUUCAGGCCAAUAUCCACCCAGAGCGUGAGAAAGCAUUUAUAUGCAACUUCAAAGACCACUGGCUGACCAUCAGAAAGCUUGGCCAGCAAUGGUUCAACCUGAACUCCUUACUCACGGGUCCAGAGCUCAUCUCAGAUAUGUACCUUGGAAUGUUUCUCAUACAGCUGCAGAAAGAAGGGUAUUCCAUUUUUGUUGUGAGGGGUCCCCUGCCGGAAAAUGAAGCAGAUCAGCUACUCAACCUCAUCCCCGCUGUCCAGACACACAAACCCCGGCUGUUGACGGACCUGAGUCAGCAACAGCAGCAGCCGAGGAGCACAGGGUCAGGCUCCACCUCGGGGGCGGGCCCCUCAGGAAAGGGGGUGUUCAGUCUGCAGGACCUUCAGACUGCCCUGCAGUCCAAUCAGAGAUCCCAGCCUGGAGGAGGGGGAGGGGCCGGAAGGUUGGAGGGCCCAAGCAACGUCGCCAGCGACGAGUCUUUAGCCCAAGCUCUGAAAAUGAGUAUGCAAGAAAUGGAUGAAAGUCCUCCAGAGGAAGUUGAUGUAGAGGACCUCAGAAGAAAGAGACAGGCAUUUUUUGACAAGCAGCAUACCUCAGGAGCUCCUCAGCCACCGACAUCUGCGUCCUCAAAGCAUCCCGAGGAAGGACAGUAUGCGCCGUCUUCUGGAUCACAUCCUCAAGGACAAGCCCUGCCAGAUAAUCCCUCAGGCAUGCAGGCAGCAGGACUGGAAGCCAGAGGUGGACAGACGUACUACCCCACUCCAGGUGCAGUCGGACACUCUCUGAAAAUGGAAGAGGAGACUUAUGUCAACGACGAACAGAUGACAGAGGAAGCCAUGCUGGAGAUCGCCAUUCAGAUGUCAUUGGGUGGGACGCAGCAGGCCCAGCACCAGCAAGGCAGCGGCUCGUGAAGACUUGUUGGACUUAUCUUCUGACUUUUCCAGUUCUGCAGAGUGAAGUUUCUCAUGGGCAUGCUUGAAAUAAUGAAUAAUGAGGGAGGACAUCUUCUCCUGGUGUGCUUCCGCAGUUGGAGGGGAACGGGGGAUGGAUCUUUUAAGCAUUAUGCAGCACUUCGCAGAGUAAAGCUUGAGUUGUACAGAGCUUUUGUCCCUGGAGAAGUUGUAAGAUCCGUUAUUUUGAUAGGAAGAGUUUCUGUCACAAACUGUUUCACAAAUUAUUGUUAUUUGGCUAAUUUCUGUGGCAAAUCAUUUUCAUUUGGUUUGCUUCUUUCAUCUUGCAAGCACAAAUCCUCUGAGUUUAUCUCACAAAAUGCGAAACAAUGCUAUUACUGCAGUCUCUUUCCGCAUGCCUAAAAACAAUUAAAACAAUGAUGUGAACACUCCCUCUGCACCCAUCCAAAUUUUUAGAUGUGUCUUGUGAUGGCAAAUCCCGUCUUUUUUCUUAAUCGUGCAGAUAAAAAUAUAUAUUUGCGAACUUUUUCACAAGGUAGGAGUUGCGUAAGAUUCAUUCUCAUAAGAAAUUGCUAACAUUUCUGUGUUCAGUAAGAAAAGGGAAGGUUUUACAAGAAAGUCACGUUAAAAAAGUAACUGUUGACAAAUGUUUUGUAGAUCAGUUUGUUUCAGAGUCGAGGCAAUAAUUCUUGGAUAAUGUUAAAGAAAAUUAUUUGAAUUUCCUGUGUAUUUUCUCAAGUCUUUCCUUAGUUACUCAUGCAAGAUUUUAAGUGCCUUGUUCAUGUUCAAUCAUUACAAAGAUCAAGCAUUUGACGUUUCUGUUGCGACUUCAGCUGACAUCAGCUCCUGUUGAUUCCGAGGAAAUUUUGUGUGGGCAAAGUGGGUAACUGUCAAUUUUCUUGCCACAUUUUUAACAAUAACUCCUGAUGAGGUGACAAGUUUAGUUCAGAAGCUAACAGUGUUUCAAUAUAGAGGCAGCUUGUAAGAAAUGUUCAGCAAGACUACGUUUUUUUCUUAAAGUUACUUUGUUGAACCAAAAUCCCCUCCUGCAGAUGAUUGCCAAGAAGAAAAAUCAUGGAUUUUUUGGAAUGGAUUGAGGUGCAAGUAAUGUGGUGGGAGUUCAAGGAGAGGGAAUUCCUUCAGGGAUUACAAAGAAGAGAAAUCUUUCAUGGAGUGGCUCCUUAAAGACUUUUCUUGAAGUCCCGUUUCAUUCCUAAGUACCCCCUGAAUUCCAAAGAUCAACAGCUGUAUCACGUGUCUUGAGGAUGGCGGCCCUCGGGAGGGACAACAUCUUGGGCCAACGAAGGUCGUCUGAGGAACAACGCGGCCCUCUCACGGCAAAACGAUGUAACUUAAUUUUUUUGAGAUACGGAUAUAUUAUGGGUGAUUUGAUGGCGCUCUUUCAGUGGUUAGAAAAUUAUAAAUUUCCUUUCUGAAGUAGCCCAUGUUUUCCAAUCGUUUUUGAGGUAAAUCGUGUGAUUUCCUUUGGCAGUCCAGCGUAUCUCUUUUUUUAAUUCAACAAUUCAAGAACAACAUUUGUUUCCAUAAUGCCAUGUGUGGAAUCUGACGAAAAUACAUGUAGAAAAUAGGACGUGUAGAAUGUUACGACGAAAUAAAUUCGAGGAAUAAAGAUGCGAAAACAUAAAGCAAACAACAGAAAGAAGCUGCAUGUUGCAAAUGUUGUCAUUAAUGCUCAAGCAAAACCCUGUAGUUACAUAUUAUACAUUUACUGUUUGCAGUUAUGCUCUUUGAAGCUUCACCGAGCGUUCAAGAAAAGCUCGCAUCUAACACAUCCGUUUUUCAUUUAUUCGAAACACCUUCCCAGAGGGAACCUUGACGAGGCAUAACCAACCACAUCGAAGAACCGUUGUUUUGCCAGGAUGCGAAUCUGUAAGGUCAAAGUGUAUCUUCACUCAGUUUCUAUAAUAUGGCAAAAUAAUGCAUCUCCAAGAUACUCCCUUUUGCCAAAAUAUAUGCCAGUCUUUGAAUAAAAAUGAAUGCUUUUUAUCCACUUGAACACAUUGUCAUUAAAAUGAAUGCAGAUCUA